ACACACUCUUUGAGUAUGCCAUCCAAUUGCAAGAAAACCCAACGGACUGCUUAGCACCCGCUGUUCCAUCUGAGUAGGAGGUGGCAACAAAAGACCAAAUGCCAUGGAUGUAUUCAAUUUCACGUACUGGAAUGCCUCUGAAGGCAAUGACACAGAAGUUGUGGAAGAGAGUAAAAGCCCCUACAAGACUGUGGAGGUGGUGUUCAUCGUGUUGGUGGCCGGUUCCCUCAGUUUGGUUACAGUUAUUGGAAAUAUCCUGGUCAUGCUUUCCAUCAAAGUUAAUAGGAACUUACAGACCGUCAACAACUAUUUUUUAUUCAGCCUUGCAUGUGCUGACCUAAUUAUUGGACUUUGCUCUAUGAACUUGUACACAGUCUACAUAGUAAUGGGGUACUGGCCCCUGGGCCCGGUGGUGUGUGACUUGUGGUUAGCCUUGGACUAUGUCGUCAGCAAUGCAUCUGUCAUGAAUCUUCUCAUCAUAAGCUUUGACAGAUAUUUCUGUGUCACCAAGCCUCUCAGCUACCCUGUCAGAAGGACCACCAAGAUGGCAGGAAUGAUGAUUGCAGCAGCAUGGGUCCUGUCUUUCAUUCUCUGGGCACCAGCCAUUCUCUUCUGGCAGUUCAUUGUUGGUGGGCGGACAGUGCCUGAGAAGGAGUGCUACAUCCAGUUCUUCUCUAAUGCCGCAGUCACUUUUGGCACUGCCAUCGCCGCCUUUUACCUGCCUGUCAUCAUUAUGAUUCAGCUCUAUUGGCAGAUCUCCAGAGCGAGCAAGAGCCGUGUGAAGAAGGAUAACCGCAAGCCGUCAGGAGCCAAUCCAGAGCCCCUGUCGCCUGGCCAGAGAAGGAUAAACACACCAAAACCCAACAAUAACAACGUUCCAGGGGAGGACACAGCUCGUUCUCAGAGCCAGAAUGCUGAUGGAGCUAACAAGCAUGACCAGCAUGAUGGAAAACUGCAAAAUGGCAAGGGACCUUCCUCGACAUCUGCUGAGGGAGAAGCCGAAGGUGACGACGUGGCAAAGGAGAACUGCACUCCUGGAGAGGAGAAGGAGAGCUCCAAUGAUUCAACAUCUGGCAGCGUGCCUGCGUCGAUUCAAAAGGAUGAGGAGGCGGCACCAUCCGCCGCUAACUCCAGUGCCGAGACAACCCAGCCACUCCCACGUCAGCGAGCCAAGGCAGGGGGCUCCAAGCUGACCUGCAUCAAGAUCAAGACUAAAUCGCCCAAGGGUGACUGCUACACGCCAUCCAACACUACUGUUGAGAUCGUCCCAGCCACAGAGCGGCAGAAUCACGUGACACGGAAGAUUGUGAAGAUGACAAAGCAACCUCCCAACAAGAAGAAGAAAAUGCCGCCUUCACGGGAGAAAAAAGUUACCCGCACCAUAAUGGCCAUCCUGGUAGCUUUUGUUGCCACCUGGACUCCUUAUAAUGUGAUGGUGCUUAUUAACACCUUCUGCUCCAGCUGUAUCCCCAACACAGUGUGGACUAUUGGCUACUGGCUGUGCUACAUCAACAGCACCAUCAACCCGGCCUGCUACGCUUUGUGCAAUGUCACAUUUAAAAAGACAUUCAAACAUCUUCUUCUCUGCCAAUAUAAAAAUAUCAGGUCAGCCAGAUAA